AUGCUUUCCGCUUUCACCGCUCGACCCAUCAUCGAGCUCAAGCAGAGGGACAAGUCCAAGAUAGAGUCCAUCCUCACCUACGGCGACCGCGUCCUCGUCGGCCUCAACACCGGCACCCUCCGCGUCUACCGCCUCAACGAGCUCUCCACGACCCAGCAACCUGCUCCCUCCAGCAAGGCAGCCCUAGAGACCGCCAUCAACGGCUCCUCCUCCUCCAACACUGCUGGGACCACACCCCCCACCUCCUCCAGUCUGCCCAAGAACGCAGCACGACAAGAUGCUCCCUCCGCCGCCGCCGCCGCCGCCGCAGCGCCGCCACCUCCCCAGAGGCCGACCGACCUCCUCCGCGAGGUGGAGAAGUUCGCGCCCCGCGCCGUCGAGCAGCUCGCCGUCAUCAAGGAGGCCAACACGCUCGUCUCGCUGUCCAACCACGCCGUGUCGCUGCACGACCUGCGCACCUUUGAGCCGCUCGAGGCGCCCCUCGCCCGCGCGGCCAAGGGCGCCGCCUGCUUCGCCGUCACGAGCAACAUCGUGCGCGACGCCGACACGGGCGUGCCCGAGAUCAUCAGCCGGCUCGCCGUGGCCGUCAAGCGCCGCCUGCUGCUGUGGAGCUGGCACGAGAGCGAGCUCGGCGGGUCCUCCGGGGACGGGGACGGGCUCGAGGAGGUGGUGCUGCCCGAGUCGAUCCGGUGUCUGACGUGGGCCAGCGCGAGGAAGAUCGUCGUGGGCAUGAACGGCGGGUAUACCCUUGUUGACGUGUUGAGCGGGGAGAUGGAGGAUAUCAUGGGUGGUGGUGGUGCGCCUGGGGCCGGCGAGAGGGGAGGAGCGGCGGCUGCGGCCCAGGCGGCGGCGACGAGGUUCGGGGCGUACAGCGGCGCGGGCAUGGGGUACAUGGGGCUCGGGGGGUACAUGCCCAAGCCGCUGGCCACGAAGCUCGCGGACGGGCAGAUGCUCCUGGCCAAGGACAUCAACACGCAGUUCAUCACGGACGAGGGCCGGGCGAUCGACAAGAGGCAGGUGCCCUGGCAGUCGGCGCCCGAGAGCAUCGGCUACAGCUACCCGUACAUCCUGGCGCUGCAGGCGCCGUCCAGGGGCUCCCUCGAGGUGCGCAACCCGGAGACGCUGAGCCUGCUGCAGACCAUCUCGCUGCCCGGCGCCGCGCAGCUGCACUUCCCGCCGCCGACGGUCAGCCUCGCGCACGCCGGCAAGGGGUUCCACAUCUCGUCGGACCGGUGCGUCUGGAAGAUGGACGCCACCGACUACGACAGCCAGGUCGGCGAGCUGGUGGCGGGCGCCCGGUACGACGAGGCGAUCAGCAUCCUCGCCAUGCUGGAGGGCGCGCUGCUCAGGGACAAGAGCACGACGCUGCGGGAGGUCAAGAUGCUCAAGGCGGAGCUGCUGUUCCGGCAGAAGAAGUACUGGGACUCGAUGGACCUGUUCAACGAGGACGACGUCCACGCGCCGCCCGAGAGGGUCCUGCGGUUCUUCCCGCGGAUGAUUGCCGGGGAUCUCUCCGAGGAGCCAGAGAAGGAGGCGGCGAACGAAGAGGAAGGGGCUGAGGACGCUGGUGGGGCGGCGAAUGGGAAGGCCAACGGGGACAGCAACAACAAGCCGAAGCCGGAACCCGUCGUAGAUGCGGCCUCGCCGCCGAGGGACUACGUGGGCAUCACCAAGAUGCUCCUGGGUGGGGGGCGCGGCAGAGCCAACCCGGAGACGGCGUCCAUCGCCUCUUCCAGGAAGGGGGCCGCCGCCGACGCGGACGACGCGGCCAGCGUCGCGAGGUCCAAGUCGGGCGACGAGGGCGCCCUGGAGGGCAAGGACCUCAUGACCGCCGUCGAGGCGCUUAACAGCUACCUCGCCGGCACGCGGGCCCGGCUGCAGCGCGUCAUCGACCCGUCGACGGGCCGGCUCAAGCCCAAGAAGGCGGAGAGCGGCGGCACGGAGGAGGCCUUCAACAGCCUGCUCGCGUCGACCUCGCACGUCGACGAGUCGGACGAGCAGCUCGAGAAGGAGCUGCAGCGCACGUUCAAGAUCGUCGACACGGCCAUGUUCCGCGCGCUCAUGUUCUUCCGCCCGGCGCUGGCGGGCUCGCUGUUCCGCAUCCCCAACUUCUGCGACCCGGAGGUCGUCAACGAGCGGCUGCUCGAGCACGACCGGUACACGGAGCUGGUCGACUUCUUCUACGGCAAGAGGCUGCACCGCUCGGCGCUCGAGCUGCUCCGGCGGUUCGGCGAGGGCGACCGGCCGGACGAGAGGGCGCCCGGGCUGCACGGGCCCGGCCGCACGGUCACGUACCUGCAGGCCCUGCCGCCGGAGCAGGUCGACCUCGUGCUCGAGUUCGCCGAGUGGGCGCUGCGCGCGGACCCGGACCUCGGCAUGGAGGUCUUCGUCGCGGACCGCGACAACGCGGAGCGGCUGCCCCGGCAGCGCGUGCUGGACUUCCUGGCGCGCAUCGACCCCGCGCUCGAGGUGCGGUACCUCGAGCACGUCGUCGGCGAGCUCGGGGACGACACGCCCGAGUUCCACAACCGGCUUGUCGAGGCGCUGGUGCGGGACCUGCGGGAGGGGCGGCGCCGCGGCGAUGAUGAUGAGGAUGGUGAUGGUGAUGACGGGGGCCGCCGGCGGCGGGAGAAGUGGGAUGCGGCGAUGGGGAGGUUGGUCCAGUUCCUGCGGGAGAGCCGGCAGUAUAGUCUUAGUCGGGCUUUUGGUCUUGUACGGGGUGAUGAUCCGGCUUUCUACGAGGCGCAAGCUAUCGUGCUCAGCAACAUGGGCCAGCACAAGCAGGCGUUGGAGAUUUACGUGUUCAAGAUGAAGGAUUAUGCGAAAGCAGAGGAGUACUGCAACCGGAUUCACAAGGCCCAAGAGGCCGCAGAGCAAGUCUCGCCAGGCGAGGAGGCAGCUCAACAGACUACUCCUACUCCUGCUACUACGACUCCAGAGGACGCAGACGAUGGCAGCAGCAACGGCGGCAGCAGCAGCCCGUCCAUCUACACCACCCUCCUCUCGCUCUACCUCACGCCGCCGCAGCCGCACGAGCGCAACCUCGGGCCGGCGCUCGACCUCCUGUCCCGGCACGGCUCGCGGCUGCCCGCGUCGUCGACGCUCCGGCUCAUCCCGGACUCGCUGCCCGUCGCCGAGCUCGAGUCGUACUUCCGGGGCCGCAUGCGGCAGGCCAACAGCGUGGUCAACGAGACGCGCAUCGUGCAGGGCCUGCGCAAGACCGAGGUCGUGGCGACGCAGGCGCUGCUGCUCCUGGGCGGCGGCAGCGGCGGCGGCGGCGGCGGCGGCAAGAACAGGCGCGUCGGCGGCGGCGGCGAUUGGGAACAGGCCGGAUAG